AUGAAGAACAGCACUUCAUCCUCUGACUUUAUCCUGCUGGGGCUUCUAGUGAACAGUCAGGCUGCAGGGAUUGUCUUCACAGUUAUCCUUGCUAUUUUCAUGGUGGCUGUAAUUGCGAAUUUGGUCAUGAUAUUUUUGAUUCAGGUGGAUUCCCACCUCCACACCCCCAUGUACUUUCUGCUCAGCCAGUUGUCCAUCAUGGACACCCUUUUCAUUUGUACCACUGUCCCAAAGCUUCUGGCUGACAUGGUGUCCCAAGAGAAGACCAUUUCCUUUGUGGCCUGUGGCAUCCAGAUCUUUCUCUACCUGACCAUGAUUGGCUCAGAGUUCUUUCUUCUGGGCCUCAUGGCCUAUGAUCGCUAUGUGGCUGUCUGUAACCCCCUUAGGUACCCAGUCUUGAUGAAUCGCAAGGUGUGUCUCCUUCUGGCUGCUGGUGCCUGGUUUGGUGGCUCUCUUGAUGGCUUUCUGCUCACCCCCAUCACUAUGAAUGUCAACUAUUGUGGCCCCCGCAGUGUCAACCAUUUCUUCUGUGAGAUCCCUGCUGUUCUCAAGCUGGCUUGUGCCGACACAUCCUUGUAUGAGACCCUGAUGUACAUCUGCUGUGUACUCAUGCUGCUCAUCCCCAUCUCCAUCAUCUCCGCUUCCUACUCUCUCAUCUUGUUAACUGUCCACCGCGUGCGCUCUGCAGAAGGCCAGAGAAAAGCCUUUACCACUUGCUCAUCCCACUUGACUGUUGUCAGCAUUUUCUAUGGGGCUGCCUUCUACACGUAUGUGCUGCCCCAGUCAUUCCACACCCCCGAGCAGGACAAGGUAGUGUCAGCCUUCUAUACCAUCAUCACACCCGUGCUCAACCCCCUGAUCUACAGCCUCAGGAACAAGGAUGUCAUGGAGGCAUUUAAAAAGGUAUUUGUGCGAUGCUCAUCUGCUCAGAAAGUAGCAACAAGUGAUGCUUAGAGAUUCAACAAGAGGGAUGGUCUUUCAUCAUGAUUUUUUUCCCCCAAGAAUCACCUCCAUGUACCCUGUUUCUUCACAGAUUAUUUGGGCAUCUAUCAAAGAGUACUUAGUAUUGGAAAUUAAGACAAUUCAUCCUGUCUGGAUUAUCCUAGGGUAGAAAGAUGUUUCAUCAGUUAUGCAGAGACUUUUUUUGGAUAAUUAUAAAAAAUUGUUUCCCACUUAGUAAGUUAAAGGAUUAAUCUGGUGUUGAUUCUUGCCUUCAGGAGGAAAAAGCAAAACACACACAUACACAAAACAAAUAUUAGAAUUUAUAGAAUCACAUUUUAUACCGAACCAUGUCUCCUUCAUAGUUGACUCAGCAUUAAACGUACAAACAGAAAUCCCCUCCAACACUACUGAAUUUUUGGUGCCAAAAUCUAUGUGAUUGUUAUAAUAGCAAUAAAGUAUAACAUAGCAACCUGCGUGUAACAAAGAACAGGAACCACACAAAUUUUAAUCACUUCUUUUAUUGUUGAAAUUUUGCAAACCUCUGAGACCGUCUUUGCAUUUCCUGAUCUGAAUAUAGCAACU